AUGCGUAUGAUUCGUAUGGCGCUUUUAGUGAGCGCUACGACAAUGGGUCUGCUGCUGGCUGGCAUUGAGAGCAUGUAUACGAAUGAAGAUAGUGUGAAGGUUCUGGAUCCUGAGAGCUUUCGUGAGCAGGUGCAGCAGGACUCGGGUGUGUGGCUUGUGGAGUUUUACGCACCGUGGUGCGGCCAUUGCAAGGAACUGGAACCCGAGUACAAGAAGGUAGCGAAGGCACUUGAGGGUGUUGUUAAGGUUGGAGCUAUUGAUUGCGAAGAGCAUGAAGACUUUGUACAAGAGUUUGCGGUACGAGGUUUUCCAACUAUUAUGAUUUUUGGAGAAGACAAAACGAAGCCCACGAUGUUUGAGGGGAAGCGCACUGCUAAGGAUAUCGUAGAUGCUGCACUUACUGCAUCGCGUAGAUUAGUCAAGUCCCGUCUACCGGAUGGUACCGAGAAGAAAAAGAAGAAGAAGCAUUCUUCAACGAAGACGUCGCCAAGUGGUGAGAGUGAUGUUAUCACUCUUACGGAUGAGACGUUCGAUGACAUGGUGUUGGACAGCGGAGAUAUCUGGCUGGUUGAGUUUUACGCUCCAUGGUGUGGACACUGCAAGGCUCUCGCGCCGGAGUGGGAGCAGGCUGCGUCGGAUCUUAAAGGAUCUGUAAAGGUUGCUGCUCUUGAUGCGACAGUGAAUGAAGGAAAGAUCAGUGAAUAUGGCAUCGAAGGAUUUCCUAUGAUUAAGUUAUUUGGCCCAAAUGCCAUGGGCCCUGCUGAUGCAAAAGAUUACCAGGGAGAGCGCACAGCUUCUGCUAUCACGGAAUUUGCCCUCGCGGCACUGGAUGAAAUGGGUGCCGGGCUACGGAUUAAAGAGCUUGUAUCAGCAGACGCAGUGAUCGACUUUUGCAAAGGCAAGGCGAGCUGCGUGAUUGGCUUGCUUCCACACAUUACUGAAGGUGGCAAAAGUGCCCGUGAUGGCUACCUUAACACGCUGAAAGAGGCAGCCAAGUUGAUGCGCGGCAAACCGUUUAAAUUUGGAUGGAUGCAGGGCGGCGACCAAGUUGACUUUGAAAACCGUUUUGAGCUAACCUUCGGAUAUCCGUCACUGGUGGCUAUCAACCUGGACCGGAAGCGAUUCGUCGUUCAACGCGGAGCUUUUAUUGCAGAAGCUAUCAGUGAGUUUUUGCAGAGUAUUAUGCAGGGCCGCGUGUCAACGGUAAGCUUUGGAGAGUUGCCUGAGAUCAAGACUGUCAAGCCAUGGGAUGGUGAAGACGUUCAGCUUGAUGCGAUUGAAGAGGAUGAUGACGACGACGAUAUCAUGAAUGAAAUUCUCGGCAACGCCGCUGAGAAGGAUGAGCUUUAA